AUGACAAAAGUUUUAUCACAUACGAAAGAAAGGCAACAAUCUGGUGAACACCGACGGUCAACGCUGACUGCCUUACGAACCUGGUUUAGAUGCCUUGGAAAGGGCAUAAUCUUAGACUUUCGCGCAAGAGCACCUUGGUAUUGGAGUGACUGGGUUGAUGCCUGGAAUUACCGCAUCAUCCCAGCCACAGCUCUGAUUUUUUUUGCCAACGUACUUCCAGGAAUUGCCUUUGCAUUAGAUUUAAUAGAGACCACUGAACAAUACGGCGUAACGGAAAUUCUACUGUCAUCAUUUAUGGCAGCAUUUAUAUUCUCCGUCUUUGGCGCCCAACCGCUCACCAUCGCUGGUGUUACUGGCCCAAUCACCGUAUUUAACAAAACUAUUUUCGAUAUUCUCAGUCGGGAAGCGAACCCUCCAAACUAUCUUCAAUUUAUUGGUUGGGUCUACUUGUGGGCUGCUAUCUUCCACUGGAUAACCGCAAUCUUUAACUGUUGCAAUUUGUUGAAGUAUGUGACUCUCUUUUCCUGUGACACGUUCGGAUUCUACGUGUCCUGGGUAUACCUACAGUACGGUGUCCAGGUCAUCACUCGACAACACAUAACAGUGGAUAGCCCCCAAUCACAGGGCUAUUUUGUGACUAUAAUCCUUGCCCUCGUCAUGCUUGUCACAUGCUUCCUCUUUCAAUCCCUUUCGCAGACAACCUAUUUCCACCGUCAUGUCCGCCGCUUCUUGGCAGAUUAUGGGAUGCCUGCUUCUCUCGUAGCUACUUCAGCAAUGGCAUACUGGGGCAAGUUCAAUGCGACCAACCCGCUGACACUACCCGCUGGUCACUCAUUUCAACUUGCUGGCGGGAGAGAAUUGCUUGUCAAAUUUUGGCAGCUAGAAGGGAGAUGGGUUGGCAUUGCACUUCCGUUUGGACUUGUCCUUUGGAUUCUCUUCUUCUUCGAUCAUAACGUCUCAUCCUUAAUGGCGCAAGGAUCCGAAUUCCCUCUCCGCAAACCUCCAGGGUUUCACUGGGACUUCUUCCUUCUCGGAAUCACCACAUUUAUUGCCGGACUGCUUGGAUUACCUGCCCCGAAUGGUCUGAUACCUCAAGCUCCAAUCCAUACAACAUCUCUUACGAUUAUGGGGCCCCCUUCGAAAGAGCGACAGAUCUCUGGGGAAGGCUCGCACCACUCCCGUACUUUGUCGCGCUCUUCCAAUCUAUAUGAAGAUGAUCCACAACCUCCGGAUUCGAAAUUCUUUUACCGUCGCGAGGUGCCAGUGGCAGUCGUCGAGCAACGCGUGUCAAACCUUGCACAAGGUGCCCUUUGCCUGGUCCUCCUCACCAGCCCCUUUCUGCAUGUUUUGAGUCUAAUCCCGCGAGGCGUCCUAGCUGGUCUUUUCUGGUAUAUGGGUGCUAGUGCCCUACAAGAAAAUGGAAUAACCAAAAAGAUAUUGUAUCUUUUUGAAGACAAGACCCUGACGCCCAAUUACGAUCCUCUCAGGAAAGUCCGCAAGUCACGUAUCGUGUUGUUCGUAGGAGCCCAGAUAAUUGGGUUCGCAGCCGCAUUUGCUGUCACCCAAACAAUUGCUGCGAUAGGGUUUCCUGUCAUCAUCCUGCUGCUUUUGCCUGUUCGCACUCAUCUUGUCCCUCUUCUUCCUUUCACUCGGAACGAGUUAGCGAUCCUCGAUCGCCCAACAGCAUCAGCUUUUACUAUGGAAUCCGUUGGUGGUACUCUCUAA